AUGAACCGGCAGAUUGUAGCACAGGCUUCCGUGGGCCUUAUACGCAGUGGAAUUCUCUCAAAUACUGCACCAGUGGCUGCAACGCUGUCUAGGAGAUCAAUGUUCAGCACCAGUCGAGCUGUAUGGGCACAGACGAAUACUGGUCCACUCCCUGAGGCGGACAAGUUUGAGGCGGCUAAGAAGAUAUGCGAUGAGAUGGAUCAGUCAGCAGCAUCCUUGAAGACGAAGCUGGAUAGUGUCAAAGAGCCCACAGAGUCUGUGGAAGACUCUGAAGGAGGGGAGUUGACAGAGGAAGAGCGGAAAGCCAGAGAAACUGAGGCUGAGAGGCUUGCCGAGCAGGCUGCCGCCAGUGAGAAGUUGUGGAAUAUACUAGUCCCCGAGAGGAAUAUGGGUCUCACUUCUCCUGCCUUCCUCAUACUCCUAGUGUUGACCAUUCUAUUGCACAUGUAUAAUAAUCAUAUGGACGCAGAGAUGGAUGAGAUUAUGAAGAAGAAGCGUAUCUUGCGUAUCAAGAGGGAGAAGCUUGAGCGGGAAGGCAAAGUGGAUAUGACCUAUUUUCAACCAGUAGAGGAUGAGGAUGCUACCGAGCAAGUUGGCGAUAGUACUACUGACAUAGUAGUCAUGGAGGGUGGUUGUCUCCGUCAAUGCAAGUUGGUAACCCACCAUGCCAACAGGUCCACCUUAUCACGUUUGGAGAAGGAGCGCUCUCGUUUGGUAUUGGAGCUAGACGAGUAUCGAGAGUCUAAUGUGGCCCUUCGUUCCGAUCUUGAACAAUGUGUUGAUCGGCUCAACGCUUGUGAGGACGAGUUAGUCUUCCAACAUAAUGAACUUGAACGUUCGACUAAAGAGGGGUUUCACUUGAAGAAAAAAGUAGAGAAGAUGGACGCGUUGUUGAAGCGAGAGUUUGGUGAAGAUGCAGCCACGCAGUUUAGUGCCUUGCUGGAUGAAAAUGAGAGACUGCAAGAUGAGUUGGAUGAUAUGGCCGAGGAACGAGAACAAUUGGAAGCUGAACUCCAAAAUCACCCAACAGCUGGCUAUGAUAUCAAUGGUAUGACGCAACAGGUAGAGCAGUUGACGGAGGAUAAUAAAGACCUCUCGAGUGAGAUUGACGAUUUGAGGGAAGAGUCGGACCGUUUACGGCGUAAGUUAGCAACACUGCAGACGGAGCAUGACGUCGCUUUGGCUAAGCUCUCUGCUAUUGACGAGACAGCUAGACCGGUGGUGCAAGAAGGAGUCCAAACCGAUGAGGCUUGGAUGCCUACUGUGGAGGAGGGGAGUGAGGAGGAAGAUGUUGGUAGUCUUGCAGCAUCCAGUUCCCCAGAAGAUAGCAGUAUAGGGAGAGAGAGAGGCCUCAGCCAAGAUACCGAGCUGAAUACUCUACGUAUGGCAUAUGAUCUAUUGCAAGAGGAGAAUGAGGAAACUAAACACCAGCUUACUCCGAGUACGUCUGCUGAGAUCUCUUCGGAUACAACUCCUCGGAAGGCGAAGAGCAACUCGUCCUCCAUAGCAACACCGCCUACUCUCUCGCGUGAGGACUCUAACAAGAUAGAUCCAUUAGAGAAGCAGGUCGAGGAUUUGGAGGCCUCACUACGGGAUAAGGAUGGCAAGAUCGCCUCUUUACAGGAGUAUGUGGCAGAUCUCGAGAGGAUGCAGAGGGAGGGUGUUGUUCUCAAUGGGCAAGGUAAAGAGGUAGCGGCUGGUGAUGAGGGUGGAGGUCAUGAUGAUGCGAGUAAGGUUGCUGCAAGGUUAGCUGGUGAGAUUGAAGGCUAUCAAGAGCAACUGAAGGCAAAGGAUGAGCAGAUAGAAGAGCUGAGGAAGUUAGCCGAUGCGGCCAGUAAGUCGACAGAGAAUAGCACCUCCAAAGCUAGCGAUGCUUCAAUGGCCUCUAUAUCACAGGACGAUCUCGCCUCUCUGAAGAGUCGAUGUAAGAAGCUCGAAGAAGCUAAGAGGCUCUCUGACUCUCAACUGGAAUAUGUCCAAUCCGAAUACGACAAACUCCGGAAGGAGAAGGAGAAGCAAGUGAUGGAAUUAGAGCACACCAUAGUAGACACGAAGCUGAAGUUAGCCCAGGUGCAUACGCAAGCCGAUAAGACUGAGUACAACAACUAUCGGUCGGUUCGGAACUUCGACAGUCAGUAUGGUCGUGACACGCCGAAGAAACAUGAAAGCAGUCAUCGUAGGAUCCAAUUCACUGAGGAUCCUUAG